CGAAGCGGAGUGAACGUAGACGCGCUUGGACAGUGCGCGGCGCGGUGCGCGGACAGUGUAGCGGGUGAACGAGCGAGCGAGCGUUGCUACGCUGGCUUUGUGGAUUUUGCCGAUUUUUCCCUCGGCUGUCAAGCCGGAGAAGCGCCCUACUCUCGCGGCGCGUGAAAGCGGUGCUUCGUGAGUGACGCCCCUAGCACGCCUCGCGCGUCCUCUUCGCCGCAUUGCUCUCUAUUUCUCUCUCUCUCUCUCUCUCUCUUUCUCUCUUUCGAAGACGCGAAUUUGUCUCUCGCUCCGAUCUGUCAUCCUUUCUUUCUCGCGCUCUCUCUCUCUUUCUCUCUCUCCCUGUCGCUCAGAGUCCGCGUGUUCGUCUCUUUUCCCAUCGCGAUACGCUCGAUAAUCGUAUAUUCGCGGACGACGGCGAUCACGACUCACGACACGAGGACGGUGACGUCCGUCGCGACACUCUGACGUUUUUGCCUUCGAUCGGCAGCGCGUCGCGUGUGCACCACCAGUUGCGUGUUGCGUAACUGCAUUUUACAGCAGCCCGCCGCCUCUCGCCGAGUACCGCGCGGGUGCAUCGGUCUCCCGUCCCUCCCGCGUCCAUCCUUCGCCUAGUCACGCUGAAGAGUUUGGAGCCGCGGAACCUUGGGAUCUUGACGUUUGGAGCGCACGACUUCGCUGCAGUUUCCCGCGGAGGACGUGAUAGCACGGCGGACGCGCGGCCGAAAAGGCGGAAGUAUCCAUCGACCAUGGCGGCGGGAACGUGCCAAUUUGCCUGAGGAGACAGUAUCCGCAGAAAUCCGCAAGGAUGGUGCUGGUGGUGGGCGGGGUGGUCCUGCAGGAAGAGAUUCCUGCGGACAGCAGAUCCUUGUACGCGGCUCAUCCGGUAUAUCGUGAGAGCGCGGCUCAGCUGCACUCGAUGCCGGCGAAGCUUGUGGGUCCGGUGGGCCUCCUUUACGUUCAACAACGAGAAAUGGCUGCGACGCUGCCGCACGACAAGAACGUGAGCAUCCUCGGUUCGGACGACAUGACCACAUGCAUAAUCGUUGUCGUCAGGCAUUCCGGCUCGGGCGCCGCCGCUCUGGCGCACCUUGACGGCUCCGGAACGGAAGAUGCUGCUGCAGCAAUGAUCCAGAGGGUAACGGAACUUGCCCUCGGAUAUCCCGAAGGUCGCCUGGAGCUACAGUUGAUUGGUGGCUAUUCCGAUCCGAGAAACUAUUCUGAGGAAUUAUUUUACAAUAUACUUUCUGCAUUUCACAAGCAACCGGUGGAGAUCGAUCUAACGCUGUGCUGCGUGGGCGAGCUGAAUACCACCGUGAGAGGUGGGAUUCAUUGGCCGUUGAUCUACGGUAUCGGACUGAACGUGAAGACAGGCGAAAUCUUUCCCGCGACUUUCCCUGACAAAGGUCCAGAUCAGGCACUAAGGUGUGCCAGACAAUUGACCGGGGGUCAGCAGGUUUUGGAUAUAUAUGAUUGCGCUCUGGGGUUACUUAGAAUCGGCCCGUUUAACUACGACCCCUUGCGUGGCGUGGAUCUUUGGUUGGCACAAACCGAUCAGUUCAUCCUGCAGCACCUGUCCACAUCACCGGAAGUGGAACAACCACAUUUCGUAUCACAGGUGCGGGCAACGCUCAAGUAUAUCCAAGACAAUCAAUUUCCGGCCGUCACCGUCUUCCGAGAUAACCGACCUCAUUAUUACCGUCGGGACGAAACCACUGGUGUCUGGCAGCCGAUGCGAUACUAAAACGUUCAACAAGCCGCAGAUUCAGUUAGGGCUUGCGUGAUGGUUGUUCGACGAAAUUUUCGAACGACACGAAGUAUAAUAAUAAAUUCACGAAUCGGCGAAGCGUACGGAGUAGGAUCAAACUAUAAAAAUAUCAAUUAGUCGAGUUUGAUACUGCAUCUUCUGAAGAUCGCGGUGUCUUCGUCGGAGUUGUUUAAGCCCUAAUGCGUCCGUUUGAAAAAAUUGACUAGCAUUUACAAUUUGUGAGCAAAUUGCGGAAGUCGGCGUGCAAUAAUUGCAGCCCUCGUCAGCUGGCAAUUAUCAGUGAUCGUCG